AUGUCACAAGAUUUACGGAAAAGGUCGACUACGGCCUUGGAUAAGCGUAAUGUCCGUAUCAAGCGAGAAUCUACCACUACAGGAGAAAGUGGUAAUUGUGACUGCUCUGACAAUGAGAUGCUACUUGAUGAAAAAAGAGUGGCACUGUCAGAUGAACACGAAAAUGGUGCGUGUGACUCCCUUGAAGCCACUGCCGCUGCUGAAGAACAGAAUAUGUCUGAGUGCUGCUCGGAUGGGAUUCUCCUUAACGACCCUCACGUCGAAGAUGACCAUCGUAUAUUUGGGUGUGAGGGAAACUCAUGCAUCAGUGUUCCUAUGCAUCGUUUACUGAGUGAAGAAGAUGAAGGUGACGAUGAUGAUCACCGAGCGGGUGAGGUAGAAAUGGGGCUUGAUAAAAAUGAACAAGGUGAAAAUGCUUCACUCCAAUCAUCUACUCCCGCUUCUCAUAAAGAGUCGGCUUCGCGCACUCGUCUCGUUAUCUCUCACAUAGAUGUUGAGAAUUUCAAGUCUUACUAUGGCCAACACCGCAUUGGACCAUUCCACAAGACGUUCAGUGCCGUGAUUGGACCUAACGGUUCUGGUAAGUCCAAUGUCAUCGACUCGAUGUUGUUUGUUUUUGGCCGAAGUGCACGAAAAAUUCGUCUGGAAAAACUAUCAGAAGUAAUUCAUAACUCUGCCGCACACCCAGAUGUCAGUUAUGCCUCGGUCACUGUGUGCUUUGUUCGCGUGAAGGAGACGCUUGAGGAGGCCACAGACCCGACCCAACGCGAGGAGGUUAAAAAUAGCGAGCUUCGGAUUACGCGCGAGGUCUUUCGAAGCGGCGUCUCACAGUAUUAUAUUGACGGUGUCCGUCAGACACAGAAAAGUGUCAUGGAGUGCUUGAUACAGCAUGGGGUUGAUCUCGAGCACAAUCGGUUCCUAAUCCUGCAAGGAGAAGUAGAACAAAUUGCACUGAUGAAGCCAAAAGCAGAGAAAGAAGGCGAGGAGGGUUUAUUGGAGUAUCUAGACGAUCUCAUCGGAACUAGUGAUUAUGUUGAGCGCAUUUCAGCGGCGACGAGGUCAGCUGAAGCUGCGCAGCUAGAGCGUCUGGACGCCCUUGACAGGGAACACAAGCUCAGGGCUGAGCGCGAGGCCCUGGACGAUGCUAAGAACUCAACUAUGGCCUUCGUUAUUAAGGAUAACCAGUUGCAGAAGACCCUGAUUGUAAUGUGUCAGCUUCGUAUGCGUGGAAUUGAAGAACGACUAGCUGAACCACGUCGUUUACUAGAGGAGAUCGAUUCCCGUAUUGGUACUUUGCAAGAAGACCUCGACGCUCGACGUGAGGCCAAACUGAAGGCGGAGGAAGAGAUUUCGCAACGCAAGAAAGAGGUAACGGAGGUCCUCAAGGAGAGGGACGCAGUCCGAACGAAGAAACAAAAUUGUGAAGUUCUUCUUGAGAAACUCAAGUCCAGUGCGCAGGACCAGGAACGAACACACCUCAAAGUGGUUGAACAGAUAGAAAAGUUCAAAAAUGACGUGCAGGAAGCGCAGAUGCUUCAGCAAGACGCGGAACGUGAGGCUGCUAUACAUCAGCAAAACUAUGAUGAGGCUAUUCAAGAUGUGAGUAGGCUCCAGACCUCACACGAUGAACUUUCACUUAAACUGUUGCCCCAGCUACGACCACUACGUCAGGAACUCGAUGAAAAGAAGAAACUCUUCGCGCCCUACGACCGGGCCGUAACCGAAGCGACUGAGCAACUCAACUCCGCUCAGCAGCGUUUAAAUGCUCUGCACGAACUGAAGCAUGAAAAGCUCCAACAACUGCAGCAAACUGAACAGUCCGCUUCACAACACAGUGUCCGAAUCGAAGAACUGAAUCGCAUUGUUCGUGAAGCCGAGGGCAGUGAGCACAGGGACGAGCUUCUAAGAAUGCAGGACCUGUUGACUGAGUCCACUCAACGCAAAUACGCCAUCAAUAGCCUCAUUAGCGAGUUGAAGAACGCAUACCGUGAGGGCGAGGCGGAUGACCGGGCAAUGGAAUUCUUGCUUUCUCAGCGGAACCUCAAAGGCUACUACGGCACUCUGCGCCAGUUGGGUCGCAUCGAUGAUGCCUACGACGUUGCCGCCGGUGUUGCCAGCAACGCCUGGGGCUUUCACGUUGUAGAGGACCGCGCCACGGCAACUGCAGCGCUGGAGGCACUUAAAAGAAACAACAUGGGCCGUGCCACCAUGAUGGUGAUUAGCGAGGUGACACGUGAGGUUGGGGAACGGAUGCAGCGACCGUUUGCCCAACCUAAUCCCAAGGCUAAGCGACUUUUUGACCUGAUCAAACCAACAAAUGAGAAGUUUAGGCCCGUUUUCUAUCAGGCUGUGCGGGAUACCAUGGUGGUAUCGACGCUUGCAGAGGCACGUGAGACCGCCUUCCACAGUAAUCAGCGUGUGGGCGGUCAUAAUUCGCAGCCAUCGCGACGAUUUCGCGUUGUUACGCUUAAAGGGGAGCUGGUGGAGCCGUCUGGUGUUAUUACCGGUGGUGGUAAUGCUCCGCGCGGUGCGAAGCUAAAGGCCGCUCGCUCACCGCAAGACAAGCUCGCCGUUAAGGAGGAACUGCAGCGGCUUCAACAAGAGCUGGUCCAGGCGGCUGAGGAAGAACGUGCGGCGCAGCUUCGCCUGCAUCAACUGCGUGAAACCCAAACUCGGCUGUCGCCAGAGCAGGUGCGUCGUCUGAAGGCUGAGCAACGCACCCUAUCUGUUACCAUGGACCACGAGCUGGCGCGUAUCCAGACACUUAAGCAGGAGUACAGUCGCGUAUGUGAAGAAGAGAAGGAAAAGCAUUUGACCCUUCAGGACGCUGUUGAUGCGUGUCAGAAACGGCUCCUCCGGGCGAAGCAAACCCGUGAGGAGCAUCAUCACGACAUCGAGGCACUGGAAGCGAGGAUCGAAGAAGCGGGUGGCGAGACCUUCAGAGAUUUAACAGAGACAUUAAAGAAGGUUCGAGAUACUCAAGAAGCCGAGGAGGUGGCGCUUCGAGAGUGCCGCCGGCGAAUACAAAAACUCCGCGCAAAGCAAGAACGAGUACAACGUGACAUACUGGAACGUGAAAAACGUCUCAUGGAGCUUAAAGCUGAAGACGAAAGUGGAAGUAAGGAAAAGAUCGCACAAUGCACGGUGCAGGUGAAGGAGCUCGAGGACCAACUCCAUACCGCCGAAGAAGCUUUGGCUAAAGCCCAGGCUUCCAGCAACAACGCCAAGGCCGCAAUGUUGGAGUUGAACAGCGCCCUUUCCGAAGCUCAGGCCAAGUUGGAGGAUGAAAAGAGGUACCGGAGGACGCAGUCCGCAAAGAUGGCAGACGCUCUCCAGGAACUAGCGAAAUUUGCACAGAAAAUCGAAGGCUGUGAGGAAAAAAUCAAAGAGAACGCCGAGCUUUAUGGAAUUGAGACCUUGCAGCUGGAGGGUGUUGGGGACGAAAACAGUCCUGAUGACGGCGAUACAAUGUCCAACGAAGAGCAAGAUGAGGAAGGUGAUGAUAAUCGACGAGCUUCUUUUUCCAAAAAAAAGCACUCCUGGAGGCGAAGGCACACCAAUCGAGGAGAUGCUGACGAAAAUGACGACGACAGUAGACAGAAUAAUGAGGCAGCCACUGUGAGUAUGGAAUCAGGCGCAUCCCAUAUCACUAUGGAGCAAGUGAAGAGAAUGUCCUUCCGGCUCCAACCUGAAGAGCUUGAUCGCUGCGACUACGAGCGAUCUGUGCAUCUUGCUAAGACGUUAAGUGAGGAAACGAAGCGUCUUCACAGUGAGAUUGACUUUCGUGCUGUGGCCCUGUGGCGGGAACGCGAUGUAGCCCAUCGGGAAGCUCUGGCUGUGUAUGAGGCAAAAAAGCACACCUCAGACGAGCUCGAAGGGCAGCUAAAUGAGCUAAAACAUGUCCGCCGCAAGGCCUUUAUGGAAGUUUUUGAGAAUAUUCGAAAGAAGUUGAAGGAGGUGUACCAGUACCUUACCCACGGUGGCGAUGCAGAUAUGGAACUUAUGGAUGUUAACGACCCCUUCGCAGGUAUUUUGUUCGUUGUGAGGCCCCCCAAGAAGUCCUGGAAGCAGAUCUCAAAUCUAUCCGGUGGUGAGAAAACCCUCUCAAGCCUCGCGCUGAUUUUUGCUCUCCACCAUAUCAAACCCACACCGAUUUAUGUCAUGGAUGAAAUCGAUGCCGCACUUGAUUUUAGGAACGUCUCCAUCGUAUCAAACUACGUGCUGCGCCAGGCCACCGACGCCCAGUUCAUAAUCAUCUCGUUGCGCAACAACAUGUUUGAGAUGGCCCACCAGCUCGUGGGGGUGUGUAAGGUAAAGGACGUGACGGCCACGUUUGCCUUUAUGCCCCGUCGCUUUGAGCGUGUCGUGCGCGACAUGCUGCUCGCGAAACAGAUGCGGCGGAGAUCUCAUCGGCUGAGUCAAGAAGAAGGUGGACGUCCAAAAUCAACGCAUAAGGUUAACACUACUAGUCAUGGUAGUCCUCCCAAGAGGAACGACACUCAGGGUGAGGUUACUAAGCUCAGCAAUCAAAAUAAUGUAAACAUAUCGGUGGUCAAUACAAAGCGUUCCUCAUGGCUUGAGUGUGCUACCGACUUGCCACAUGAUGAUGCAUCUCAUGGAGUUGACCCUGAAGAGAGCAUGAAUGAAGAUAUCAGAAGGCACCCUCCCCAUCGAAAAAGUGUCCGUUUCAGCGAUGAAUGCGUAAACAAAGAAAAUACUGAAAUAAAAUAG